CCAUUUCUCCUUAUUGCUGCGUGAAGAUGUACUUUAUUCCCUCCCUCUCGCCUCUUCCUUGGUCACUGCAGCCCUUGCUUGCACGGUGCAGAGUGUGUGCUUUAUUUUUUGUUCGUUGCAAAGGGAGAAGAAGCACCUGGCUUGUCCGAGGGAGUGCACCGAUGGGUUGGGCUCCCUCCCCACACACCCGUGUUACCGUUGGAGAAUCAAAUUACCUGGCAACCCUCCCUGCUCCUGGUUUCUCUUUGUGCAGGUAUCUGCAGAGAGAACACAGCUCACCUGUUGAGGAGGGAGGGCGGAAGUAGGAGGAGGAGCGGCAGAGGUCUGGGGCAGACGUUUUUGGGGUUGCCCUUUUCAACCCUUCGCUUGCAAAGUCCAUCCCCUUUCUCCACGCGUCGCUUCCAAGUCUCCAUCCAUCAAGGUGUGCGCGCCCUGCAGAGGAGAGGAUGGAGUCAGCUGCGCCUCUUGCGCGCUCCCCGCUGUGGGUGAUGUGGCAACCACGCUAGGACACCUGUUUAAUGAUUGACAGGCGCGCGGGAGAAAUGCAAAAGGUCAGGCUGUCGAUGCAACCUCCAAGCUUCCCGCAGACACGGGGUUUCGAUCUGGCGGGGAUCGCUGAUCCACACGAAGCUGGGCUGCUUUGCGUGACUCUUUAGAAAGGCAGUUCAGACAGAGUUGGCGGGCAGAUCCUGAACUCGCUCCACGAACUGAAGGGGCCGCCAUGUGGCAUUCAUUGUUUCCCGCGCUGUCUGCAAACUCUCGGACGAGGCUGACACAUCCUCCGCCACAGAGGUAGUCAGCUGAAGCCAUCACACCAAAACUCUGGGCUGAGGAUGCAGAGAAUUGGCUGGAGGCAGGAAAUGCCCCUUGGGGAUUGCCACGGAUGUGCCACGCUCCAUGGAGAGCAGCCGGUGCCAGAGAUGGCUGCUUGCGACCUUUCCACAGUAUCCGUGGAGAAACGCAUCAGAGAGGAGCAGGCAUGGCAACUCCAGAAAGCCUUCCAAGACUUGCUAUUCCGCUUCCAGGACUGGUUGUGGGCUGCCGAACUGAUGGCUGCCUCCCCAAACUCCUCUCAGGUGUCCUAUGCCAAUUCCAAGAAAGAGCUGCAAAGGUUCAAGGUGCUACAAAGACAAGUUUCAGACAAGUUGCUUCCUCUGGAAUCCUUAAACAGGCGGUACCAUCAGCUGGUGAGGAGCGGGGCCAUCGGCCCACCGCUCCGGCCCACGGUGCAAGAGGUCAACCAGCGCUGGGACGACCUGCAGGCUCGGACAGCUGCCAUUUGCAAGAGGCUGAAGCAUUUUGUGAACCAGUGGGAAAAGUUUGAGCUGGAGAAAGAGACCAUCCGGGUGUGGCUGGUGGAGCUGGACCUCCGACUCACCGACGUGGAGCACUUCUCCGGAGGGACGUCGCUGGAGAAAAUGAUACAGCUGCAGGCAUUCCAGCAGGACGUGCAGGCCAAUGCAGACCGCGUUGACCACCUGCUGGUGCACGGGGAAGCUCUGAUCCAGAAGAGCCAGCCUGAGGACGCGGAGGUCUUGGAGGAGGAGUUGCAGGACCUGAGCUGCUUCUGCCAGGAGGUCUUCCGCAGAGUCUUCCGCUUCCAGGGGCGACUGGUCAGCAUGCGGCUGGUCUUUGAGGACGAGUGGUUGUCGGACCGAGACAGUGAUUUGGAGUCUGAGUCCCUCACAGAAGAAUCCCUGGAGUGGGCAGGCGAUGAUGGCGCUGGACCACCCCAGCCUCCUGCUGCCUCCAUGCGCCAGUCGACCCCAAAGAACCCCUCGCUGCACCGCCAGCAGCCAGAGGCAAACGUGGAUCUAGAGUGGGAUCCUUCUGUGGAUAUAGGGGGAUCUACAUCGCAUGACGAAGAGGAUUCCUCAUACUCCAGCGCCAUCACAGGUCUGGGCCAGUGGGAAGAACCUCGCCGGAAGUGCAGGACUUCUGUUUGUGCAUCCCGUUCCUUGCCUUUGAGAUGCAGCAGCCCAGAAGACUUUUCUGUGCAGAAGGGCUUCCAAGUGGAGUGGGAUCAAUUCAGUUCCUCCUUCACAGACCAGGAAAUAAAAAGGUGCAGUUCUGGAACGUCACACUCGUGGGAGCUCCAGGGACGUCAGCACCCCCAAAAUGGGCCACCAGAGAAAGGGAGACCCCGCCAAGCAGAACCAAUGGGAUUUGACCCCGAACGGAUUGAGACUUGGCUGGGCCAGAGCUGCCGGGAGAAGAUGGGAGGGAAGUUGGAGGUGGAACAAAUCUGCAAGAAGGAGCACCUCAACUCCCGGCCAGCAGAAAUCGCAAUCACCAUUGAGCAGGGAUCCAGCCUACAAGAGCCUUCCAUCAUCUCCUGCCUCCGAACCCAGAAGCCCCCCAGACCCCCCGCCAUAUGGAACAGGAUGGUGAUGCUCCUCAGCGCCAUCCUCCUGCUGUUCCUGCUGUUCCUGCUGUUCCUGGCCAGCCCCUUCCCUCUGUACCCCUCGGAGCUCUCGUCGGAGCUCUCCUGCCUCCAGCAAAACCGCUACGCCAGAUCCUUCCACCUCAUGCUCACCUACAGUGGGCCACCACCCACGUAGAAGGCAGGGAGUGCUGGUGCGGCGCGGACUCUUUAUAAUGCGUGGAGAGAGGAAAGUUGUAUCUGGGAGUUCCGCAGGCUCUUCCUCCAGCGGGUUGCAGAAUCUGUUCCUGCGGUGCAGUGCCUGGCUGCAUCUGCUCAGAGAUGGGCACCUGGUGAAAAGGAGAGAGAACACCCCCCCCCAAAGUGUUCAAUUAUUAGUUGUUAACACAAAUAUUCACUGUUAGGCCUAUCCUCCUCCAUUCAUUUAAAAAAGAAGGAAUUUGUACCCAACAACGCAUGCCCCAUACGUUUGUGGCACAUUCCCUUCCUCCAAGAAUCCGGGGAACUGUAGUAUGCAUCUCACAGAACUACAGUUCCCAGCACCCUUGACAAACGGCUAUACCCAGGAUUCCUGUGUUUGGGUGUGCUUUAAAUGUAUGAUGUGCGCACCGCCUUUCUUCCACUCAGCACAGAGUCACAGAAGUCAAGGAACCUCGGUUAGCCAUCCCCAUUAAGUUCAGUGCGUCUGCGUACGUCACCCUGAGGCGAGGAGUUCCGGAGAUCGCAGGCGGCUGCAUUUGGAAACGCAGGACCUUAGGUGGUAAUUCUGGCAACCUCUGCUCUUUGGUUGCUGUGUUCCACCCAGCCACGUUCCCUCGCUAGAUGUGGCAACAUCUGGAAUUCCGGGGGGCCUUUUCUGCAGAACAUUUUGCUGCCACAGACUCUUCUUGAACAUGAACAAGCCAGUGCCCAGCAGAAGGCCAGAGAAGAUACACCUCCUGCCUUCGGAGACGCAGAGCCACCAGAACUGAGCAUGUAUAUAUUUAAUAUAUUUGGCAUCAGAGGUUUUCUAAUAAAGAGGAGAAAAAGAG